AGAAGAAAGGGAGAGAGAAGGUGUUCUGUUUGAGAGUGAGGAGGGGCAAGAGGAGUGUUCGUCCAAACGUAAGGAGAGAGCGGACCCCUCUUGAGAGAUCUACUGACACCCCUUCCUCCGACAUGGCUAACAUCACAUCUGCCCAAUGGCAGGCCAUGCCGGACGCAGCGGACGAGAGCCAGAAACCGUUCUUUCAAAAAUUGUAUGACGACGCCGUACAGAGGGAGAGGGAGGCAGAGGCAGCAGCCAGGGCUACAAGCAUAGCUGCUCAGGUGGCCCUUCUACAGGUCCCGAAAGCCAAUGCUGACCGGUUCCAGGAGAGGCUAGCUGUUGCCGUAGCAGCCUUGGUUCAACUGCGGAACUUGGAGGAUCUUGAGUCCCGUGUAACAGCGUUGGAACAGCGGAACCAAGAGCUGCAGGCUGAGAUAAUCAGCCUCAAACAGUCCCAAUUGUCUGCCCUCCACCCUCCUAACUCUCGACCUGCUGCAGUCCUGGUCUCUCAAACUAACACAGUCCUCGCGAUAAGCGCAAGCGGAACUGUGGCAAGCGCAGGAACCGGCGCCAGCUCCUCGAGCGACAACACCGGCAGUUCUGCGCUGGUCAUGGUCCCAAAUGAAGGGACAUCAGCCCAAAACGCCACAGUCCUUACUGGCGUUCAGUACAGCGGUCCCAUGGUGGACAAGUGGGCGGCCACGCUGCCGUCCAAGUACGACCGGAAGGCAGACAUCACCUCUUGGAUUAGUUCCACGCGGUCGUACUUCGAGGUCAUAAGGACACCGCAAGAGGACCGAAGUAUGAUCAUGGGGACUAAUACUAAGCCCACCGUACGAAACCACAUUGAGCUCCAAGCUGUUGCUGCAGGCUAUGAACGCAUAGACUUGACUGAAUGGCUGAAGGUCACCCCUGUACGCGCCCUUGAGGACCUUCUCGUCGCACGGUACCAAGACAAGCAUGUUGCGCUCAAGGCUAGGCUGAAGCUUGAGGCCCUCAAGGGUCAGACAUGGAGGUCCUCCAUGCAAGGUUUGGAACAACACUUGACUGGUUUGUUCACAACUCCGGAUCCGGGUAUGACCAAUGUGUCUUGUAUGGAUGUAGUCAUGGGAGUGGCCCCCAAAGAAUACCUCUCCCUGUUGGCACUCAAAGAUCAUACCACCUGGCGAGAGCUCAUGAUGGAUCUAGUCAACCUAGAGGCCAAGGACCUCACCAGGCGGAAGAAGGCGCCCGCUGCAGGUGGGAAACCACAACGCAAGCGGUUUGGAAGCAGCAACCAGCUUGCACUGCAUGAUCAUCGGGAGGCUGAAGAUCAGUCCUAUGCGGAUGAUCUGUCUCUAGAUGACGAUCUAGAGCCGGACUCCGAUAUGGGCUGUUCCACAUCAGCCAUUGAGUCUGACGUCAACGAAGAUGAAAAACUUACUGCUUUUCGAAAGACUGCUUCAAACAAGGGGCCUAACCGUGGUUCAGGUGUGCGCGUCACCUUUGACAAGGACCGCACUGUCACACAUGAACUCAACUUCUAUGUUAUGGACAAGUGUCCGUUCGACGCGGUCAUUGGCUUGGGCUGGUUGAAGGCUCAUUGCCUAAGGACCACGUGGGCGGACAACCAGUUCGUGGUGCGUGACGCCAAGGGGAACAAGCGUACCGUCCUGUUGAAUGAGACGCGCGAGUCCCCUGUGACUCUUCUAAGUGCAAUCAAAUUCUGCAAAUCAGUGCGCAGGCACAAGGAGAUUGAGCAUGUACAUGUAACUUUUGUAAAGCCUAUCCAUGUGCCUUCUACUUUUGCUGCAUUUUCUACCUCGGUAAGUAACUCUACUUCUAAUCCAUCUACUUCUUCUGUGAAUAAUCCUUCUACUUCUGAUCCAAGUACUUCUAAUCCGGUUGUCAUUGCUGUAAAUUCUCAGUCUAAUUUUCUAUCUCCUGAUAAGGAUGAUCCUCCACCGGAAGUCCCAACAAACAUUCGCCAACUAUUAGAUCGAUUCCCUGAAGUCUUGGCUGAACCUCGUGGAGUUCCCGAGCGUCCGGUCAAACACAAAAUCGAGAUAAUAGAGGGGAGUGUUCCUCCAAAGGGUUGCGUCUACCGUAUGGGACAAGGCGAAUUGGAGGAGUUGAGACGACAGAUUGAUGAUAUGAUUUACCAUGGAUGGAUUAGGCCCAGUGAGUCUGAAUUCGGUGCACCUGUCCUGUUUGUGUCAAAGAAAGGAGGCAAACUCCGGAUGUGUAUUGACUAUUGUGGCCUCAGUCGGAUCACAAGGAAGAAUGCUUACCCUUUGCCUCGCAUAGAUGAUAUGUUAGAUGCAGCAGAUGGGUGCAAGGUCUUCAUCAAGAUCGACCUCAAAUCUGGCUACCACCAGAUUGAAGUUGAUCCAAGUGACCAGCACAAGACAGCAUUCAAGACACGCGACGGGCUGUACGAGUUCAUCGCUAUGCCCUUCGGUCUUACGAAUACACCGGCCACAUUCCAGUGCCUCAUGGACAAGGUACUUCGCCAUCAACUCAACAGGUUUGUGGUUGUGUACCUUGACGAUAUCCUGAUCUUCAGCAAAACCAUGGAAGAGCAUCUCAAGCACCUUGAGGAAGUUUUGCAGGUCCUCAAGGAGGCGCCGCUGCACCUCAACUUGGAGAAAUCUGAGUUUGGGAGGGACAGCGUCAUCUAUCUUGGGCAUCGGUUGUCCGCAAACGGCCUUGCGCCGGAGGCAACCAAGGUUGAGGUCAUCCGAAACUGGCCUCAACCGGCAAACGUACACGAACUGCGUUCUUUCCUUGGUUUGGCCUCAUAUUACCGGAAGUUUGUGCCCAAAUUCUUUGUCAUUGCUCACACCCUCUCAAGACUAACCAGCAAGAAUUUUGCCUAUGCAUGGUGUGAGAAGUGUGAGACUGCAUUCCAAGCCUUGAAAGAGGCAUUGUUGAGUCAUCCUGUGCUUCGCAUUGCCGAUCCCAACCUCACUUUCGUAGUCACUACGGAUGCGAGCCAAUUCGGGAUUGGUGUUGUGCUGCAGCAAGAUGAUGGUGAUGGCCUGCGUCCGCUCGAGUACUACAGCAAACGCAUGCCCAGCCACAAUGUAGCCACUUCCACAUAUAUGCGCGAGCUCUACGCCCUGCGCAAGGCUCUCGCACAUUGGAAGCACUACCUCUUGGGUCGCCACUUCAAGGUCUACUCAGAUCAUCAGACCUUGCAGUGGAUUCAGACACAAUCUGAACUCUCUCCUACAUUGACCCGCUGGUUGCAUGAUAUUGAUGUCUAUAGCUUUGAAUUGAAACACAAGAAAGGUUGUUAUAACCGAGUUGCUGAUGCGCUGUCUCGCCAUCCUGAAUUUAUGACUUGCCUUGUGGGUUCGUAUGACCCCCGAAGGAAACUGAAGAAGGAUCUGGUCGAACACACCGCCAAGGAUCCGGACCUCAGUCCCAUCCUUGAGCAGCUCAAGGCUGACCCUAACAGUCAGCCUGAUUUUCAUGGAUGCGAGGGUCUUGUAUUCCGCCGGUAUGGGAAGUUCGAUCGUUUGUGUGUACCCAACCAUGCGCCUCUCCGAACUCAUUUCUUGGAUCUGGCACAUGGUCGGAGUGGACAUUUCGGCUUUGAGAAGACUUAUGGAAGUCUUCUGCGGCAGUUUGAUUGGCCAGGGAUGAAAGGAUCUGCUCAGAAAUUUAUUGCUGAAUGUCAGGUAUGUGAGAGAACCAAAGUCCACAGGCAUAAGCCUUAUGGCCUGCUGAGACCCCUCCCCAUUCCUGAUGGACCCGGUGAAUCGAUCUCCAUCGACUUCACGGACAUGGGAAAGGUGAGAGCAGCAGGGAAUUCACAGGUCAUGGUCAUCGUGGAUCGUUUCUCCAAAUUUCUGAAUCUGAUCCCUUUCCCUCCCCAUACACCAACUGAACUUGUCAUUGAGGAAUUCCAUCAGCAGUACAUUCUGCAGUUUGGCGUCCCGAAAACUAUUGUGAGUGAUCGGGACACCAGAUUCAUCAGCAAAGAUUGGAAGGACUUCACGUCACAGAUCUAUGACAUUAAACUGAACAAGACUUCUGGUCGACACCCCAAAGCCAAUGGAUUGGCUGAGGAGAUCAACCAGACUGUCAUCCAACUACUUCGCGCAUUGAUUGUUCCGGAUCAAAACACGUGGGACAAGGAGCUGCACAAGGUAAAGGGACUGUAUAACAAUUUCAUUCACUCUGCAACUGGCGUGACACCAAACCAGCUGCAGUAUGGAUGGCCGAUGCGCAAUCCCCUCUCCUAUCUGUUCCCCAAACGGUCACCUGGUCUGAUGCCCGGGAUGCUUGGCUACAAUGCCAAGUACACACGCUUGCUAAAAACUGUGAUCGCAGCCAUGAACAAGCGCCAGCAUGCCAUGAUCAAACAUGCUAACAAGAUGCGCAAAGAAGAGAAAUUCAAAGUAGGGGAUUAUGUUUGGGUCAAAAUGUCUGAGUUCUCUGACGAAGAGGGCGUAUCACGAAAGCUCCUUCCUUUGUACUAUGGCCCUUGGCAGAUUCUGAAGGUGAUCGGGGAUGAUUUUGGCCCUUCAUUUGUAAUUGACGUGCCUCCUCAUCUGCGCACGUAUCCAGUUUUUCAUGCGUCCAAACUGUUUCCGCACAUUGAUGAUGAGACUUUUCCCUUCCGGGAUCCUAUGAUACCUCGCCCUAUCAAUGGCGGCCAUGAGAUAGACAGAAUCGUAUCUCACGAGGGCAGAGGCAAGAACAGACACUACAAGUUCACUUCCUCUAUCACCCAUUGACUGAAUUUUUCUGGAUCGACCAGAAAGAGCUGCUAAAGAAUGCUCCCCGUGUUGUGAACGCUUACGAAAGACAGAUCGCAGAGGGACAUACUGCUAAGUUCGUUGCAACGAUGACUCCUCAUGGAUUGACUAAGUCUCUCUUUCUGAUGUACUCCUAUGACGCAUUCUGCGCCGACUCUGACUGAGUUACUCGCUCGAAGGGACCUCACUCUCGAGAGGGGAGUAAUGUAAUGACCCGCCAAAAACACAGACUGAGAACACAGACUGAGAACACUGCUGAUUUCUGGGAUUUGUCACUAGAAUGAAUGCCUUGCUGUGAU